GACGCUCGCGCACAAGUGCGAGCGCGUAAUACCGGUUCAAAAUUUACAACAUCGCACGGCUUGCGAACCUAGAUCAGCCCAGUCGACCAAUGGGCAUAUCGGACGAGGGUAACCGGCUGGAGGAUAUCGGACCCCAUGAGGCACGGCCACCGCAGGGCAGUCCACUGGAGCGUAGCGCGAGCACCGGACAACUGAUGGGAAGCAGUGGCGGUGAUCCGAAUAGUCCCCUGUCGGAUCCGCACAGUGACGAUGGUGGGGAUGACUUUGCGCCAAAGAGGAAACAGCGACGGUACAGGACGACGUUUACGAGCUUCCAGCUGGAGGAGUUGGAGAAAGCGUUUUCGCGGACGCACUAUCCGGAUGUAUUUACGAGGGAAGAGCUAGCGAUGAAAAUAGGACUGACCGAGGCCCGAAUACAGGUUUGGUUCCAGAACCGAAGGGCAAAAUGGCGUAAACAGGAAAAGGUUGGACCGCAGGGACAUCCGUACAAUCCGUACCUAGCCAGUGCGGCCCAAGUCCCGUCGGCCACCGUCGUCGCACCUUCGCUUCAACCCAACCCGUUCAGUCAUCUUGGGUUUAACCUGCGGAAACCGUUUGAUGCGGCUAGUUUGGCUGCGUUCCGGUACCCAUCGCUCGGUGCUAGCCACGUGCUACCGUCGGCCUACUUCAACCAAUUCCACCGCGUCUCACCGUUCUCUUCCUUCGUUGACGAAUUUUGCAGAGCGCCACCGCCACCGCUGCUGCCACCGGGCGUCGGUACGCUCUACACGCCGACCGCCUCCUUUCAGACGCUGCUGGCUAACAUAUCGGCGGCCCAGCGUGCACCACCCAACAUGCCACCAUCGAAACCACCGAGCUCGGGUGGGGUGGAUUAUAUGCCACCCGGUCCACCGCCGAACAUGCCACCCGGUGGUCCCGUACCCACCUCGCCUGCUUCACCGCCCAUUUCGCCGACCGCGCUACCGCCCGUUGUGCCAGUUCCUCAGGCGGCGUUACCGCCUCCUCCACCUCAAGCUCCGGCGGGUUCCGCAUCACCACCGCAGGCCGACCGGCGCAGUUCAUCCAUUGCCGCGUUGAGGCUGAAGGCACGGGAACAUGAGCUCCGGUUGGAGAUGUUACGUCAGAAUGGGCAUAGUGAUAUCUUAAGCUAG